CUUAUUAAUGCCAAUAAACUACACAUUCUUAACAUUAAAAUUUUUUCGUGUCAUAUACACUUUAAAUAUAUUAUGAUAUGUUAGGUGAUGCGAGACCAUCAACUGAAGACGACAGUGACAACUUUGUGACUAGCGUGUAUUUGAUUAUGAAAUCAUACAUAUUGCAAAAAUCUGAAAAGAGCCUACUUUAUAGUAUGGAAUCGAUCUUAAUAGUGUUGGUUUCUGCAUUGCUUUUCCGUAACUCAGACGCUGGAUCAUUCACUUGGCUACAAUGGGAUAAUACAGUAAAUGUUGUGGAAGGUGACACGGCAAAGCUCAACUGGAGUGUUCGUAUUAGUGCUGGUAAGACAUGGGUAGCCGUCAAUAUCACAAGAAACAUUAGAGACACUACUGGUCCAGGAGACGUCGACAUGAUAAGAAGAAAGCCGUCUGGUGUAGAGAUACUGCUGCCAGAACGAGGUGCUGACAUGGACUUAGAUGUUCAAGCGAAUUUGAAUGUUCUCAAUAUUACUUUCUCGCUUCGUAAUAUAUCAAGGAAAACUGACGAGAUGUAUUACAGAAUAACUGUGUUCGACGAUGACCGGGACAGUUCUUUGAGAUACACGAAGCUGAAUGUGAAUGUUCCUUCGUCGUGUGACAUACAUCCUAACACAACAACAGUUAACGAAACAGACAAGGUCUUGUUUAACGUCACCACCACAGGAAACCCACCUGUUUAUGAGUACAUCUGGACUCAUCCUAAUGGAAGUAGACUGACCGCCAAUAGCAGACUGACAUUUACUGCCUCAAGACAAGAUACUGGGACAUACAAGAUUUCUGUGUAUAAUGGUGUUGGUAAUCGGAGUGUAUGCUCAAGUAACGUGACUGUACAAUGUGAGUUAAUGCAUUUAUUAUCCAUGGUAGUUAGAUUAUAUCAUCUUGGAAUAUAA